AUGCAAAUACAGAGGGGAUUAUAACUUCUGAACUGUCUGUUCCUGGUCACAGCUGUUCAGCCUCUGCUUGAGGACAGUUUACAGAAGGGUAAGGCUAAAUCCACGUUUUGUGGUGUGAAAAUUUACCGUGAGUGUGGUGUCACCCUCAGGGGAUCUGAAGCUCAGCCAGGAACCGAACACGUUCAUCAGCAGAGAAGCAGGGCACCCCCUGAGCCUGCCGUGAGGGACUCCUUCCCCAGCCAUGCAUAUUGCCACCCUAGGACUGCUGAUGGUGGUGGCAGUGGCUGAAUUUCUCAUUGGCCUGAUUGGAAAUGGAGUCCUUGUGGUCUGGAGUUUUGUAGAAUGGGUAAGAAAACUCAAGGAAUCCUCCUACAACCUCAUUGUCCUGGGCCUGGCUGGCUGCCGACUUCUCCUGCAGUGCCUAAUUAUGGUGGACCUAAUGCUAUUUUUGAUUUUCAAGAACUGGGCCCGAUUUCGCUUCCUCAGUAUCUUCUGGGUUGUGGUCAGCCAGGCCAGCCUGUGGUUUGCCACUUUCCUCAGUGUCUUCUACUGCAAGAAGAUCACAACCUUUGAACACUCUGUCUGCCUAUGGCUGAAGCAGAGGGCCUAUAGCCUGAGUGCCUGGUGUCUUCUGGGGUGCUUCCUGAUCAAUCUGAUAAUUAUAACUAAUAUUGGCUUAAAGCUCCAGAGUUCUUUCCAAGGAAACAGCAGCAUUCUGUACUCCCUUUCAGACUGGCAGUAUCUGGAUAUAUUACAGCUGAAUGCAGGAAGUGGGUUUCCUUGCUCUGUGUUUCUAAUUUCCUCUGGGAUGUUAAUUGUCUCUCUGUAUAGACACCAUAAGAAGAUGAAGUUCCAUACUGCUGGCCGAAAUGAUGCUCGAGCCAAAGCUCACAUCACUGUCCUGAAGUCCUUGGUCUGCUUCCUUAUACUUUACUUGGUUUACAUUGUGGCCAGCCCCUACUCUAUCACUUCCAACUCUUCUCCUGUUAAUCUCACCACUAUCUUCAUCUCAGAGACACUCAUGGCUGCCUAUCCUUCUCUUCAUUCUGUCAUAUUGAUCAUGGGGAAUCCCAGGAUAAAGCAGGCUUGUCAGAGAAUCUUCUGGAAGACAGUGCAUGCUUGGAAAUCCUGA